AGAACACUGAAUACGAAAAUUCAGUCGAGUGAGCGAAAAAAAAAACGAGUAAACGAAUCGAAAGCAUAAAAAAAUUGUUUAUACGCUGCGCGAAAAGUAAAACCAAAACCAAUACCAAACCGAAUCUACUUGAUAAACAGACAAAAGCAAAUCUAUAUAUUCUUUAUAUAUACAUAUACAUACAUACAUAUAUGCGAAAAGCCAAUCGCUCUGACAUUCUUGAUUGAAUUUAAUUGCUUAAAAAUUCAGAAGACCGAAACAAAAAUAAAAUAAAAAAAAAACGCGAUAUACAGAUUGUAAUUGAAAUUUAUAUGAAAAGAAAACAGCAACAGAAUAUAUAUAUACAUACAAACAUAUAGUGGAAGAUCCAGUCAGACCAAUGCAAAGCAACUAAAAAUAAGGAAAAUAGCACGCGCCGCGCAAUUUUUAUCUGUAAUCUAGAUUUCAAAAAAAAAGAAAACGAAAACCAUAAAGCAACACAAAAGUGACGGUGAUGAAUCGAACUAAACUUCCAUUAUUGACAUUAGCUCUGGCCGUGGUCCUGUUGGUGGUGGCCCAAGCAAACAGUAGCCAACCGAGCGAAGAUGAUGCAGUUCUUCCACCCAAUGCUGAUAAUAUAGAGAUUCAUCACGUAAAGUUGAUUAAUGGCGUUAUGCAUGAGGAUCAUCCCAUUGUUAUGUACAAAGAAGAUUUUGUCAGUGAAGAUUAUGAUCCCAAAAAGAAUGAUACUCCAACCACGGUGCAGCAUAAGAAACACAGACAUAUGCGUCACCAUCGAGUAAUUGUGGAUGAGCCGAGACUUCAGUUCGAUACGCUGCCCGAUACGCCCAUUAUUAUCGAUGAUGUUGUGCCGCCAAGCAAAGAGGAAUUGCUGCUGAAACACCCCAAGAAGUAUCGCAGUCGUCAGCGUCGUCAAGCGAUUGCCUGGAGGACAGGUAACUUCUAUACAACACCCUAUUCGUCGUUUUACUAUCAGGCUCCAGCUUCUAAUGCUUAUCUGCCACCACUGACUAACUAUCCAUUCCAAAGAAACAGAGUACCAGUUGCUGGGAAGCCACCAAAAAAAACCGGCAAGCUGCCCCAAUGGGAUAUAAAACCGCAAACAACCGAAGGACCAAUUGAUAUAGGCAGCCGUCUUGAUGUAGAUGUAUCCAAUCCCUUGCAUCACAAUUCAAAUCCAGCUGAUGCAGAUUUCUCGGUCUUUGACCAACCUCGACCUCAAUCAAAUCAGAGACCUGACUCUAGCAGAAAUCCUCCGCCUCCGCCUCAGCCUCAAAGGCCAUCUACGUCCUGGUCACCGACCGAAACGCCAGAGGAAGCACGUCCAAUUUGGGGCCCAAGUGUAUCAAGGCAACCCAACAGUGUACAAGGUAGUCCGAGUAAUAGUCGUCCUCAACAACAACGACCAUGGCAAACCACAACAGCACCAACCACACGAUCACCAGCGGUGAACACUUCACCCAGGGUCUCCAAUUGUGUCUGGGCAAUUGUCAAUUGCUGCUCGCGGGGCAGUACGAAAAUACGAUACGCCUGCUUCGAGGACUUCAAUUGUCAUGGCGCCUUCUGGGGGGUCAAUCCUUGUGCUGAUGAGACAAUACGCGAUGGUACGAUCGCUUUCGUCACAAAUACGUUCUCCUAAGCAAAAGUUUACCGAAAAGUAUUUUCAGCUUUUCAUUCUAUUUAUUUAUUCUAGACAAUAAGAUUUCCGAAAAAACACAACUUUUUAAUAAAAAAACCCAAAAAACAAAGAGAAAUAAUUUUGUGUACAUAAAUUUCUGGUUAGAAUAAAUGUUUUGUUGGUGUUUGCUUUA